GUAGAAACAGUGGUUGAGUUAGAUAGUAGGGACCAAAAAAAUAAUACAACAACCACCAUCUCAUCCGACACAAGCCUUUUCUAUUUUCCAUUGGAUUUUCAUCUUUCAUUAGUUUAAAGUGACCAACCAAGCAAAGGGUCAAAGUCUUACCAAUUAUUCAACAUCUCAAAUUUAUUACAUAAUUCACGUGUAUGACUCACAUAAAAGUUUCUUCAAUAAGAAAUUGAAGCCUUGAGCUAAAAAAACACAAUAGUUGUUCAAUCAAUAACAAUUGAUGUGGGUUCGUAUAAAAAUAUACUUUUGAAUGCAAAAGAACAAAUCCUUGCAUCUGGAACCACUCCAUGUCUCGAAAUAUCGCGCAUUAAAAAAUUUGAUUGAUCAUAACUAUUAACGAUGUAUAAAAGGGAGAAAUUAGCCACAACGCUUCCAAAUAUGAUCUUCCCCCUUCUUCGAGACUUCAACUUGACUUUCUUUUAGCAUAUCCCACAUAACGUGAACAUCACUGUACUUAGAAGCUUUCACGUCUUGUUGCAAUUUACUAAUCCCUGUUUUAUUUUAAACAUGUUAAAAAUACUUCAUAAAAGGAGGAAAAAGUCACGGUAAUUACUUCGAUAUAAAAAUUAGAUAAAUAUCAUAUGAUUUCACUAAACCAUUUAAAUGGAUUUUUCAACAAUUUAUAAUUAUAAUGCCUAUUAGUUCAUAUGCACAUAUUAUGAUAUUAAUAAUACAAGAACAAUCUAAUACAUGAAAUAUUUUAAAUUUUAUAUGUUUAAGUAAGAAAAAGUUAUAAAGAAAUUAAAAAUCUGAUUUUCUCCUUGCUUUAUAUAAUCAUAACUUUAAUAAUCAAUCUAAAAUUUUUAACACAAUAAAUGAAAUAUUUAUCACCAUGAUAAUUGAUUAUAUUUCACUCUGAGAAAAUGAUCAAGGAAGAAUAUAUGAAAAUCGUAACACUUCUUCGGUAUAUUAUUAAAUUAUUUUUAUGAAGACAAUUGAUUAAAUCAAUUUUAAGAUGAUACUACAAAACAAAUCCAAACCUUUUAACUUUGAAAAUGGUACUGCAAAACACACCCAAACAGUUUAACGUUAAUAUAUAAAAUUUAAGUUUUCAGUAUUUCAAAGUAGAAACAAAAUGAAAAAAAAUUUAUUCACAAGAACUUAUAUUCUACUUAUACACAUUUUUAUAUAGGAAUGAUCAAUGUUCAGAGAAAUUUGUAGUUUAUCAGUGUAUUAUGAUACCAAAUGAAAAUGGAUUCUAAAGUAGAUUAGUUUAUAAAAUUAAACAAAAAGUAAGCUUUGAAUUUACCUCUCUUGCGAAACGUUAGUCGUACAGUAACACCCUUCCAUACUCUUUUUACGGGAUGUAUCAUAUUUUUCCAAUUCGCCAUUCUAGUUGAUGAUUUUGUGAUUCUUUAAGAGAGAUGUUAGAAUGAAAAACAGAUCAUGGAUCUAUUGAGUGUAGAUGAACAAAUAAAUAAAGUUUCAAUUAGGUAAUAAUAAAAAAGUGCUUUAGUGAAGCUAAUCAACAAUUGAGAUAUAUAAUAUGAUAACGAAGGAAUGAGUGUGAGGGAGAGAGAGAGGUGUGAUCAUGAGUAAUAAAGAAUUGAAUGUGUGAACACCUCUCUAUCUCUCUCAUUAUCUUCUUUCUUUUCUGCUAAUGCCUUGAAUGUUUUGAUUUUUUAUGUAAAUUUUAUUAAUAAUUUUCUAGAAAAAUACUUAAAAUAUCUCAUCUCUCAAUGGUAUUGCUUCUUUGUUCACACAUUCCCGAAAUGCAUGGCGGGAGCGAAAAUUAAGCUCUCGUAUAACUACUCAUAACAUCUUUUAGUUACAUCACUCUACUAUAAUAUGAUGAAGUGUGGAAAUUUCAUUUUAGUAAAUUUUGCAUGAUAAGAAAAUUAUUAAUGUAUAAAUGAACAUCUAAGCAUUUAUUUAAAACAAAAGAGGACAUUGAGCACUUUUGUUUAUAUCAAGCUAUCUAAGAAGUGAAACUCCAACUUGUUUCAUUUAAGAUAAUUGGAGUAUUGUCCGUCUAAUGUUAAUAAAGUUAUCUAAGAAUUCUUGAAAAAAAUCCAAAAGUACCACCGUUUAAAAAAAAAUUCUAAAAAUACCACCCAACCCCAAAAAAUUCCAAAAAUACCACCCUUUUUCAAAAACCGCCACCCCACCCUGCGGUUUACACGAAAACCGUUUGUCGGAGGCGCGGUUUUCUAUGCAAACCGCGGGACUAGGGGGCGGUUAUAAAAAAAAAAAUUUGGACCAAACCGCUGGGUGGGGAGGCGGUUUGACCCAAAACCGCCACCCCACCCAACGGUUUGGUUCAAAUUUUUUUUUUCUUUUUUCGAUCAACUCCUAACUUCGGCCGAAACUUCAAACGAACGUAACUUUUCACUCGGGUAUCCGAUCGUAGCGAUUUUUUUUUCAUUUCGCAUAAAUUUUCAAGAUCUACAACUUUUAAUAGGAUGAAAUUUUCAAAACAGCAACUAUUUGUGGAUAUACGGGACCUUGGGAAUAACUUUACCUUUAUUUUUCACAAAUCCAUGUACAUUUUGAAAUUAUGAUUAUAUUAAAAGUUGUAGAUCUUGAAAAUUUAUGUGGAUUAAAAAAAAAUUUCAUGACAUUCGGAUUUUGGAGCACAAAGUUAUGGCCGCCCAAAGUUUGACGAAAUAAAAAAAAUGCGAGACCCGGCAGUAUGCGGCUUGCAAGAUCUCAAAAAGUUUGACGCCUCCAUUUUUUGAAUCCGAAUAACUUUUUGAGAUCUUGUUGGUCGCAAACCGUGGGGUCCCGCUUUCGUCUCGAAAAAACGUCAUUUGCCACCCCAAACGAGCCUUUUUUGAUUUCGUCAAACUUUGGGCGGCCAUAACUUUGUGCUCCAAAAUCCGAAUGUCAUGAAUUUUUUUUUAUUCUACAUAAAUUUUCAAGAUCUACAACUUUUAAUAUAAUCAUUAUUUCAAAAUGUACAUGAAUUUGUGAAAAGUAAAGGUAAAGUUAUUCUCAAGGUCCCGUAUAUCUACAAAUAGUUCCUGUUUUGAAAAUUUCAUCCUAGUAAAAGUUGUAGAUCUUAAAAAUUUAUGCGAAAUGAAAAAAAAAGUCGCUACGAUCGGAUACCCGAGUGCAAAGUUGCGUUCGUUUGAAGUUUCGGCCGAAGUUAGGAAUUGAUCGGAAAAAAAAAAAAAAUUGGACCAAACCGCUGGGUGGGGUGGCGGUUUUGGGUCAAACCGCCACCCCACCCAGCGGUUUGGUCCAAAUUUUUUUUUUAUAACCGCCCUCUAGGCCCGCGGUUUGCAUAGAAAACCGCGCCUCCGACAAACGGUUUUCGUGUAAACCGCAGGGUGGGGUGGCGGUUUUUGAAAAAGGGUAGUAUUUUUGGAAUUUUUUGGGGUUGGCUGGUAUUUUUGGAAUUUAUUUUUUAAACAGUGGUACUUUUGGAUUUUUUCCAGAAUUCUUCAUAAUUUCGAAUAUGCAUCAAAAGAUAAACUCUAUCAUCUCAACUCUAAUUUCAAGGUCCAUAACCCUUAUAUGAUGAAGAGAUUAGAUCAAUUUCUUGUUGCAAUACCAUAAACAAAUGUGUAACUUAAGAUUCUUGCACCUAGACUUAGUGUUUUGCUCCUUUUUGUAAUUAGCAAUAACCAUAUUGCCUUUCGGAAGAGGAAGGUUAUACUAGAGAAUGUAUUACUGGCUCAUGAACUGGUGCACAAAAUAGAUGUGAUGAAAGCAUUUAUUUCAAUGUCAUUUUUUUUAUUAUAUUAAAGGUUGUAUGACUUCCCCAAUGAGGAGUGUGACUUUUAAUAGGGGACUGGCCGGCUGGUAGGAUGCUUUCAAACUAAAAGGGCCAAGGAAAGGGAACCUUCUUCUCUUUAAAUCUCUUAUAUAACCAUGGAGGUGUUGACCUUCCUUUUUAUAGUCAAACAAAGAAAAAGAUCAUUUUCUUCUCAUUCUAUGUGCAAAAAAGUGGACACGACUCUUUUUGUUCUGCAGAUGGUUUGCUUGUUUUCUCAUAUGGUUGAAUUAUGGUAUGCAAUGUGUGCUUAGAAUCCUGAAACAAACUAACCUACUUUCUAGUCAUAAGUUUAAUCCAGCUAAAUGUUAAAUUUUAUUGGAGCCAUGAAGAAUGAAACACAACAUAUUCUAAUUGACUAUAUUUCAGUUGGCUAGACUUAUGUACAAGAUUUAGGUUGCCUUGGACCCUAAAAGGGUUUAUUUGAAGGUUUGCAUCAUUUAAUUGACUAUGUAACUACUAUUAUACAAGGUUGGAAAGCUAAAACUCUUAAUUAUGCAGGUCGAUGAAACUGAUUGUUUUUAUUUUACAUAUCGUAAACAAAUUUUGGUUCAUGUAUUUUAUUCUUCCUUAGGCUAUCGAUUGGAGUCUAGAGAAAUUAUGUAGUUAUUUUUUAUGGGGAGAGAUCACUCGAUUGAAAGGCACGUAGUUGCUCUUUCGUAGUGAGAGGAACAAAGUUGCUCGGGAGCAUCCCACCUUAAAGGAACAUCCGCGUGAGCGGCGAUGAACGAAGCGGAACCGAGAAUGUCAGCUUGAGUAACACAAACAUUGGUGAGCAAUAGAAGGUAGAAAGAGGGCUAUUGUUGCAUGGGACAAACUCAUUGCUCCUAAACAAGAACGAGGCUUGGGCUUAAGGGGUUUAGUUAUGUGGAAUGUUGCCUGUGUCAAAAGAAAGAUUUGGGCAUUAUUAAUGUAUUAUGGUUUUUUAUGGGUGAUCUAGAUUAUUGUUUUCAUAUUGAAAGCUUGAAUUUCUAAAAAAAUACACAAGGGCCGUUGGUUCUUGGAAGUGGCAAAACUUCUCUUUGGGGAAUGACGAUAUUAUAUUGUGGUGUGUUCUAGCUAUGACUAAGUACUUAGUUAACAUGUUUGGAUCACUCUUCGUCUAAAACUUCCUUUACUAUCUUUGGUACUCCUUUUUUAAAUUUAUCCUUGCAAUGUCAAUGUUAGGAAAGGUGCAUACAAAGUUUAUGACACCUUAACUAUGAUAAUUGCAUACUAAUUACGGGCAGCAAAUCUCAUUAAUUUAUAACCCAUAUUCAAAUCACGAGAAUACUAAUUACGAGGCACCAAAUCUCAUUAUUUCAUAAUCCAUACAAUUAAAUCACGAGAAUACUCAAGGCAAUAGUAUGCAAUUUAUCAAACACUUGAGCCUUCCACAAAUUAAUGCAAAUAUGCAAUCACAAUCUCAACAUGAUCAUUAAACAAUUGAUUGACUGUUAACCAAAUGUAUGGAGAGGGCUAUCAUAGAUUUAUUUCCUCGUGGUUCAUAGUAUGAUAUAUCAUAAACAUACCAGAGACGUGAUAGGGUCAGAAUACCAAAGACUAUUAACCUCCUCACAGAAUAUCGAAAGACUUCAAACCUUCCUCAUAGAGUACCGAAACGCUUCUCGCCUUCCUCGCGUAAUAUCAAAAAGGUUUUUCCCAUAAUAUCGAGCCCCCUAGGCUUCCUCACAAAGAUCACUUUCACUUUCACAAGUAAAGGUUAAUCACAUACUAUAAAUUCAAUCCAUUCAAGGUAUAAUUCAAGCUUCACAUGUACCUUUUUCAUAUUCCACAAAGAGCAACAUCACACUCUCAUUACACAACCAUCAUCGAAAAGAGGUAUAAACCACAAUUGAUCCCUCAUCAUUCUUUGUAAAAUCACCACAUAUAGUUGACUAUAUUUGUGAAUUAACCAAAAAUCUCAAUUUUCAUCCAAUCUCAUAGUCGAACAUUCCACAAUCAAAAUCAUACAUAAACCUCAACAUACAAUGAUUAUCUCUUAUUCUACUUACUUGUUAUGUUGAGUAUCUCAAUGCUUGGAGCUCAUUUCUUCCAAGACCUCCGUACUACUGGAGCUCGCUAUAAUAUGUAUAACAUUCUAAAUUCCAUGGAUAAUAAUACCCAUAUUUCAUAAAGACCCAAAUUUUAUGAAGAUACAUCAUGCCUAAUUGUCCUCAAAUGCCGUUGAUGUAUGGAGGUGUGUCGUAGACAUUAUUAUUAUUGCAAGUUCUAUGUAAAAAUCUAGAUUAUGUUACCAUGUCAUGUUUCUAACACAAUAGGUUUCAAGCUUUUAAAAUUAUAUACAAACUCUCAAAAUUACUAUAUUUUUCAUAAACAUACUUUACUAUAUAAGGAACAACUUUAUGGACGAAUAUUUUUCAUAAUACCGCAUGAGCUGAGCUAAACUACAACGUGUAACACUCAGCUCGCACGUUAGCGUGCAUGCUGAGCUAAAAUGCUUAAGUUUCGCUCAACUCGUGUGGUAGUGCGCACUGUUGUUUUCUAACACAAUAUUCUUGUCAAUACAUUUUUAAGCACUAUAUUUUUUAUAAUAAUUUUUAAAUAUACGAUAUUUAUGUAAAAGUCCCAAGUUCCGGGGAAAGGAAAAUAUUAUAAAAAGAGAAAGGGAAAUGAUUUUCUCUUUUGCUUUAAAAUAAAAUAUGAAAUGUAUUAUAUAUGAUUCAAGCUAGCGUACGCCUGUGUUACACUAUCAUACAUCAUUCAAGUUUGACUACUUAGACUAUGAAUUAAUCGGAGUUUUGAGGCAUGAUACUAUACCCUAACUUCCAAUGGCUGAACCUAGGGGUGUUCAAACGGUGUGGUUACCGUGGUAACCGUUUCAACCGGUAGUUAUUGGCUAAUUUGGUUUAGUUAAUUUGGAUAAUUGGUUUAAUUUGGUUAAAAAAUUUAGCUUGUUUUAUUUAGUUGAUUUGGUUUCAGGCACUCCUAACCAAUCAAACCAAAUUAACCAAUUAAGUAAUUAUCCAUAUAUCUAAUAUAUAUUAUAUACACACACUUAAUACUUGGCAUAACCAUUCAAGAGCCAAACAUUCUUUCCUUUAAGGCUCAUCAACAAUAAAGCUGAAUCUUGUUCCUAUAUUGUAUAUUUGUAUUUGGAGAGUGUAGAUCAUGAUCUAUGAACGCCCAAUUUAGAUAAAAACUUAUACAAUAUGUUAGAUAAAAACUUGAAAGGAAGGUAAUUUCAACCUAUGAUAAUUGCUAAGAGACUAAUUCAAUUCACACAAUCACAACUUAACUCCAUACUAUUGACAUAUAUUUUUGUUAGGUGAAUACUUCUAUUGAUUGUAAGAUAAUUGUACUAGUUGUAUGUAUUUCUGUAAGGGUUAACUAUAACUAUGUGUUCAUUGUAAUGUUUUAUUCAUCAUAUAAAUUGUCAAUUGAUGCAUUAACUGAAAAUUUUCACUUAAUGAUAAUGCGAUGUUAUAUUGGUUAAUUUGGUAAACCAAUUAACCAAACUGAUUAAACUUUAGUGUGGUUAAUUUGGUUGUUGCAUUAGUUUUUACAGUUUGAUUAUGAUAUUGUAUUGCAUGGUUAAUAUAAUUUUGACUUGUUUGGUUUGGUAAUUACCAUGGUAACCAUUUGAACACCCCUACGCCUGAACCCCAGUCUCCAGUUCUCUAACUCGAGCCACAAAAUUUAUUUAAUCUAAGAAAAUAAUAACUGAUGCUUGUGAUUCGGCAAAAUAUAUUGAAGUGAAAAUAACAAGUGUGAAAAUAGGCAUAUAGGAUAUAGUAUUUGCCAUAUAUAUGUAUGGUGGCUUCUACGGUACCCCAGGUGAAAUCCGGGGUACCGCAUAGCUUGUGUAUGACAACGCUAUCUAAACCUCGAAUAAGCAGGAUUUUUGGGCCUGAUACUAUACCCUAACCCUUAAUGAGUGAAUCCUAGGUCCUAAUUAUCUAAAUCAUAAACUAUAAACCCUAAGAUGGUGCAUACAUUUUUUUGCCUAUAUUUGGACGAAUCAUAACCGUCAAUUAUUGUUUCUAAUUAAAUUGAUUUUGGGGUAUAAGAUUUAGAGAAUUAGGACCUAGAUUUUGAUCUAUAAGGUUUAGAGUAAAGUAUCAUGUCCGAAAAAUUAGUCAAUUCAAGGUCUGAAAAGCGUUUUCAUAGUUAAGGUAUACAGUACCCCGGAUUUCACCCCGCGUAGUGUAUAAAUCAUCAUAUAUGUGGUGGUUGUAUAUAUACAUAGUAAAGUUAAUUUUUCGAAAUGGUCACCUAUUAAUUGCGUCCCACCUACCUAUCCCUUCGUUGGGUUGACAUUAUUUUAGCCAACCAUAAAAUAUAAAACUAGUGAUGGGCAUUGGGUGUGUUGGAUGGGUUUUGAGCAAAAACUCACUCACCCACAACUAAGCGGGUGAACUUAAUCAUGAACCACACUCACUCAUAUAUUAGUGUUGGGUGGAUUUGAUGCGGGUUACGGGUAGGUUGGGUGAGUGAAGGCGAUUUUGAUGAUUGGAAUACAAGUAUAAAUAACCAAACACGAGUCAAAAUGAAUCCACAAUAACAUCCAUUAGAACAACAAUUAUAUGAUGGAAAAAUUAGUGGUGAAGAGUAACGUUGCCCACAUUAACAAAGAAAUAAAUGGAGUCUAGCAAGCUAAUCCUACAAUAAUGCUUGAUACAAUUAUCAAACUUCUAGUAUUUCUUUGGUGCUUUUCCCUUGUUCCCUUUUGGCUCCUUUUAAUGACUCCAACCAAAUUAAAGAACAUAAAAAAAAACAUGACAAUCUAUCAAUAAUAUUAAUAUGUGCAGCCAAUAAUAGAAAAUACAGUUGUUGGAUAUGAUCACAAACAUCCAUCUCAAACCACCAUUUCAAGCAUUGAAAUCACAAUUGCACACAGUUUCUUAGCCAUAAGCUCUCAUGCUGGAAUAUAUAUGUUCAAAGUGAGAAAACAACUCAUGCUUACAGGAAAGCCCAAAGGAACCAGAUCAACAGGAGUGUAUCCAUGAUCUUCUUAAUCCUCUAAUGCUUUUGUCAAAAACAAAUUCACAAUGAUCAGUUACAACAUUGAUCAUUUAAUAGUGCCAGUCUCCGAUAGCACCAUAUUUGCACAUGUUUGCACCCUUAUUUUUUAACCGUUUUAGCUCGGAUUUGUGGUUCAUUAGCCUAUUUUACGCUAGGUUGUAUUAUUUUGUCAUAUUUCAGGUCCUAGCGAGUAAAGGGAGGCAUAUGCGCAAGUUUUGGGUCAAUCGGAGGUCGUUUGGUCACUCAAAAGCCUCUCAAAGUGGAAUUGAGGAAGAAGUACAUGCAACCUUCCCCAAAUUACGGCAGUAAUUCAAAAAUUACUGCCGGUAUUUUUUAUGUCGAGCUUGGUGUUGGCUCAGGUACAAAUACAACCAGUAUUCCAAAAAAUACGGUCGUAUUCCUUAGUGUCUAGCUCGUAAUUUCACUGCCGAGAGGAGCCCUUGGAUACGCUGAGACUUAACCAAAAAGCGCAUUUUGGGCAAAAUACGGGCAAGGAAGAAUUACGACCGUAUUCCUGCCCGUAUUUUGCAAAAAUAGGGUUGAAGAGGCAUAUUCGAGCCAAAGGAAGGGGAUUCGACUUUUUGGAGCAAAAACAGAGUUCUAGAGAGAGAAAGUGCGAAGAACAAACCUUAUGAGCUAUUUUGGAGUGGAUUUCUCACCACUGAAGCCGAGAUUGCAUCCCUAGGAGUGAAGAUUGACAUCCCAGAGCAAAUUAUUCCCAUCUUUAUGAGUAUGACUGCUUUGAUUUCUGUUUUCCUCUCUCUCUAUGGUAGAAGAUUAAAAUUUAUUUUAUUUAUUAUUUUUUAAUUGCCACGUCACCGAGUUAACAGACAACUUUGAGGGUUGACUGCCACAUCAGACAAAUUUAACGGAGUUGGACGGAGAGUGACCAAACUUGAACCAUUUAACUAAUUUGAGUGACCAAAAUUGGAUUUUAAUAUUUCCAGUGACCAAACAUGAACGUUUUUUGUAAUCUCAAUGACCAACCAUACAAUUAACCCUAUGAAUAUCCUAUAUCAUUGAAUCUCUAACCAAUGGACUGACCGGGGAAUGUGUCCACCAACCGAACAAUAUCAUCCAUGAGCACAUUAUCGAUGAGGAGGACAGAGCCCAGAUGAAAUUCCACCGACUCGAGUUUUUUCCCCUCCCUUUAGUGGGAAAGUCAGCGUUGUUCGGAGGCGACAAAGUCGCGGAUGUUUUCUGGGGAGUUAGCUGACUCUGUCUUUCAUCCAAAAGGUUAAUGGAUUUGUUUUGAUUUUUACACUGAAUAGUUUAGGUUAAUGGAUUGGUGGAUCAUUUAUGGAUCCAUGAAUCCAAUCGAUCAAUCCAUGGAUUAAAUGGAUUUGGAUCCAAUUUAAAUGGAUUGGAUUGAAUUAGUGUUGUCACCUCUAGUCAUAUGAGCAAAGGAGGUACCAACUAGUCCGAAAAUGAAAACAUAGUCUUAUGUCAAUCUUGGUGCAAAAUAUCAUGUGACGGAACAAUAGGCAAUGAUCAACACUUUAAAAGGUUUUGGGAGCGGAUACAAGAGACAUCAAAAUGGUCAUUCCACAUUCCGAGCACUCCCAAAAAUCGAUGGUGUCAUGGUUCAAGGUAAUAAGCAAGACAUGUAGCUUAUGGAAAGGGGCAUUAAGGUAGGGUAAUGAGCAAAGAUCUAGUGAUCAAACUGAAGAUGAUGUGGUAAGUCCUUUUAUUUUCCAUGUUAUGAAUUUUAUUUUCUUUUAAUCUUGAUUAUGACAUACCAUUUUGUAAUAUAUGUAGAUGACCAUGGUGAAGGACAUUUAUAAGUCUGAGAUGACAAAUAAGGAUUUCAAGGAUGAAAAUUGUUGGAGGAUCCUGCCACUAUGCCCUAAAUGGCAUUCUGAUCAUGCACUCAAUGUUUUACUUGUUCCGCCUAUGGCUAGCGAGUCGAGCUCAUUCAUUCACUAUAAUGAAUCAACUCCACCUAGAGGGAUGUCUAUACCCAAAGGACGUGAUAAGAAAAAGGCAUGCAACAAGGGAAAAUCCAGGGAAGAAUCAUCUGAGGAGCGUGGUCAACGAAGGGAUGCAUUAUUGGCUCGAGGAGCUCUUUGAGGAGAGGAAUGCAAGUAGGGAUUUUCACAAAAGUCACGAGGUGGAGUGUGAAUGACAAAAGUGGCAAAUGGACGAUGAGGAAGUUCCCACUAGAAGAAGGGAACAUGAGUUGGACUUUAGGCAAUGAGAAGCAGCUUUGUUUGAGAAGGAUAUGCAAAUUUUGGAAAUUGACCUAAACAAGUUAACUCCAAGGAAGAGGAAGAUUGUUGAGCAUUAACAAGAUGUCAUAUAUGCUAGGGAUGCUACUAACGAUGAUGGAGAAAGUGUUGUUGACCUUGGUGGUGGGAGUAAUGAGGACCAAUGCAGUCAAAAGCGCGAUUUUAUCUAGAAGCAGAAAAGGGGUAAAAUCGUAAAGUGUAGAAUUAAAGCGUAAUAGCGUAA